UGUUGACACAGUUGGAGAGACACGGCAGAGAAAACACAGCGCUGAGCAGGACGAGCAGCGGCGAUACCACCGCUAAAACCGUACUCCGAUACCCGAGAGAAGCGUUGAAAUCAUCAGAAUGUGGCCCUUGUCGACGCUGGUUCUGCUCUGCGGAGGUUGGCCCGUGAACGCAGAAAUCAACUCGCUGACCUACAUCUACACGGCCUUCACACGGCCCGUCGGCCUGCCCGGCAUCCACGAGUUCUCAGCCAUCGGCCUGCUGGACGGCCGGCCCAUCGACUACUUCGACAGCGACACCCAGGUGAAGGUGCCCAGGGAGGACUGGAUGAAGGAGCGUCUGGACAAGGAAUACUGGGACAAGGGCACCAGCUCCCGGCAGACCAAACAGCAGUGGUUCAAGGUCAACCUCAAAAUCCUCACCGACCGCCUGAGGAAGAACGACACAGAUAACCACGUUCUCCAGUGGAGACAUGGUUGUGAGGUAAACACUGAAGGCCCUGAGAGGAAGCUCAGUGGGAUUGACCAGUACAGCUAUGACGGAGACGACUUCCUGUCCUUCGACAGCCAUCACAAGCAGUGGGUCGCCCCCAUGUUCGGAGCCCUGCCGACCAAGCAGAAGUGGGACGGCAUCCAGCAGCUCAACGACUACACCGACGGCUACCUUCACAACGAGUGUGUCCAGUGGCUGCAGACCUUCCUCAAAUACAGGAAGGAGGCCAAUAUUAAGGCCGUGCGACCGGAAAUAUACAUAUCCGCCAAGCCAUUCAAGACCAACCUGAAGCUCAGCUGCCUGGCCACAGGCUUCUAUCCCAAGGAGAUCACUAUGAACAUCAGGAGGGACGGCCAUUUGGUGGACCGCUUGGAUGGUCUGGAGUCCACGGGGGUCCGUCCUAACGGGGACGGGACCCACCAGAUCAAGAUGUGGGUGAUGAUUCCUGGGGGCGACACGGCCAACUACACCUGUGAAGUCAACCACCCUGCGAGCAACAUCCAUGUGGUCAAAGAGUGGGAUCACCACGUGGAGGCUGAGGGACCCCCCAUUGGACUCAUUGCCGGGGCUGCUGUUGGUCUACUGGUGGUGGGGCUCAUUAUCACUGGUGUGGUGAUUAUCCUCAGGAGAAGGAGGACACAAGCGGAAAGAGAUGAAGAGAUGCUGAAAGGAGCUGAUAAGCCCCUUCUCCCAGGUUCCAGCGAUGGUUCCAGCACUGGUUCCAGUGAUGGUUCCCACUCUGCUCCCAGUGAUGGUUCCAGUGAUGGUUCCCGCUCCAGUCUGGAGAAGCUCCCAGUGGUCUGAGUCCCGAUCACCACCUCCUGGGGCGUCUUGCUACAUUCAAGACUUCCACUCCUGAUUGCUCGGUUUCUUCUACGCUUCUAGAGAACGUCUGUCUCGUGCUUUACGGACGUGGUAGAUAAAUCAUAUUAUAAGAUAAGAUAGGCACUUGAUCGCAAGAAGUUUUGUCCCGUCAAGGAUCCCAUCUGGGCAGGCUGCUAACCGCCGGUUAGCAGCCAGCUAUAUUAUAUAUUAUGAGGGACAUCGCGAACAGACAGAGGCUCAUUCACAAAGCAGAUAGAGGCGCUUGUACCGCGGGAGUGUUUUUUCACAUUCGAAUAUUAAUUUUCACGUUCGAAUUCGCGUUUUUGGAUACAUUUCGAACGAAUAUUCGAACUUCGAAUAUUCGUUGACAGCCCUACUAACCGGUAGCGGUUCCUGGCCGAGCUCACCAGGGAGGAAAACAUGAACGCUAGUGGUUGACGGAUCACAGAUUACCCGUGAUCCGUACGGAUAAACCCUUGCGGUUCGGGAUGCAAAUGAUCCGAUGAUUUUGUUUUAUUUGGUAUUUUAUAAAUCUCAUUGAAACGGAAACCGGGCCGCAACCGGUAACGGAAAGGGGGCUGUUUAUGUUUGGUUGUAGUCUUUUCGCUCGGUUUUCCGCCUCAACAGUAGGGCUAGAACCGAGCGAAAAGACUACAACCAACCCCCCCUUUCUGCUUCCGGUCAACGAGUCUCUCAACAGAAAUCAAUGGAUUUACAAAAUGCCAAAUAAAUAACGACAGAACAGUGUUUUGCUACGAUGAGGAUGUCUGUUAGCCGAGCUAGCUCGACAAAAUGAAAAUGAAUGAAGGAUGUGUGCAUUGCCUGGGGAGAUGGUAGACUACGCUCUCCCCAGGCAAUGCACACAUCCUCAUCUUUUUGAAAAAGGAUUUAAAGUGUAAAUCCAGGUCUGCUGUGCUUCCUUCGGACACAGGUUUUUUAUUUUACUUACUAUCCAAGUUUAAAAGAAGAAGGAAUAAUGCCGCAGAUUGCACUUUGUUUAGUUUUAAAAUAUUUUAAGAUUUUAUUUAUAUAUUGGAUAGACAUCUUGUGUUAAGUUCUUAUUUUAUGUGGACAAAAGCUAUGUCUAUUUUACUAUCCAUGUUUAGAAGGAGAAGGAAUGAUGCCUCAGCUUGCACUUUAUAUUGUUUACAAAUAUUAUUUAAGUUUUUAUUUUAUGUGGACACUAAGCUAUAUUUUUAAAUAUUCAAUAUGCUUAAAGGAAGCAGGAUUAUUACCUGUUUUCCCGCUUUAUUUUGUUUAUACACAUUUCAAGAUUUUAUUUCAAGUCACAUUUGUCUUGUUAUCUUUUUUGUUGUUGUUGAUCCGAAAAUGAUCCGACCCGUUGCUCAAAAACCGUGACACGAUCCGAACCGUGAGUUUUGUGAUCCGUUGCACCCCUAAUGAACGCGCGCAGUACACCUGCAUAUGCAUAUCUUUUCUAAUGCGUAUGCCUGCAAUUUAAAAUUGCUUGAACACUAUUGACACCUGCUUAGACCAAAGUAAGACAACUUUAAGUUUUUGUUACUAUACCUUAAACACAUGUAACCAUACCUUUAACAAAAGCGCUGCUUUGCACUUUAGUUGCAAUUGUGCAACACACUUGCUCCUUUCUGCAACACACUUGCUCCUGCAAACUAUUUCAUACAUAAGCCACUUAGUUCAAAAAUGAAAUGGGAAAAAACACAUCUAUUCAAAAUACAAAA